AUGGAAAAUACGGAAAAUACGGAAAAUACGAACGAACCAAGAGAAAUUUUUUCAAUUACUCCCAAAACAGAUUGCCCUCAUAUUAAGUCAGAAUUCGUUGAAAUCUGGGCUCAAAAACCUGUUGAUGUAAAAAAAUCUUGCGAGAUUUGUAAUGAAUCCAAUGAAAAUUGGAGGUGCAUCGAAUGUGCUAAAGUGCUUUGUUCAAG